AGGAAGGAAGGGGAGAGCAGCAGCAGCAGCAGCAGGAGGAUGGCGUUAGUCCGGACCGUGGUGUCCGCCGCCUGGCUGGCCGAGGCUCUGGGCAGCGCUGGGACGGGGACGGGGGCGGGGGCGCUGCGGGUGCUGGACGCCUCCUGGCACCUGCCGAAGCUGCAGCGGGACGGGAGGCAGGAAUUCCGGGAGAGGCACAUCCCCGGCGCCGCCUUCUUCGACCUGGACGAAUGCAGCGACCGGUCCUCCCCUUACCAGCAUAUGAUGCCCCGGCGGGAGCACUUCUCCCGGUACGUGGGCGGCCUGGGCAUCGGCAACGACACCCAGGUCGUGGUCUACGACGCCAGCCACCUGGGGCUUUUCAGCGCCCCCCGGGUCUGGUGGAUGUUCCGGGCUUUCGGCCACAGCCGGGUGUCCGUGCUGGACGGCGGCUUGGUCAGCUGGCGCAAGGAGGGUCGCCCCGUCACCUCGGAGGUGCAGGACCACCCCCCGGCCGAGUACAGCGCCAACCCCAGACCCUGGGUGAAAACCUACCAGGAGAUCCUGGACAACGUCCGGAGCGAGAAGUUCCAGCUGGUGGAUGCCAGAUCGGAGGGACGCUUCAGAGGCACAGAGCCUGAACCCAGAGAAGGUUGUGAACCUGGUCACAUCCCCAACAGCACCAACAUCCCCUUUAACAAGUUCUUGGACCCAGAGACCCUGAAGAUGAAGAGUGAAAAGGAGCUUCAGUGCUUGUUUGAGGACCACAACAUCGACCUGAAUAAGCCACUGGUAGGGACCUGUGGCUCCGGGGUCACUGCCUGCCAUGUUGCCCUUGGUGCCCACCUCUGUGGGAAAGAAGACGUCAUGAUCUACGACGGCGCCUGGGUGGAGUGGUUCACACGAGCUGACCCAAGUUACAUAAUCUCGGAGAAAAAUUAGAAAAUUAAAUAGACAGCGCCAAAAUCAACGGUUAAGGGUGUGAUGUGCAAGCAUUGAGAUUAGUAGUUAAGUUAGUGAAGCCCCUCUUAAGUUUGAUUUCACGAGUGUAUAGGCACUCAUUUUUUAUUACUUUAGGAGGUAGGAGAAGGGAUCAGUCACAACAAAGUUUGUGAAGCCACUUGAAAGGUUCGGUUUACACCCUGUUAAAGGGGCACUCCACUCCAAGUACUGAGCAGGUGUGGUUCACUCUAUUGAUGACAACAUUAGAUGGCCUUCUCUUGUAAUAUUGUUUUGCCAUCAUUGUGUAUUUAGAGGGGUGGUGGUGGGGGAAAGAACAGUGAAGGAUGACAUCUUCAGCAGUUCUAAGUGCAUCAAGAAUGAUGAGUUGGUGACAAAAUUUUGA